GAUUCUGGGAGAAUGUCGUAGAAGUCCUGCAGUUUUUUUGGCAAGAAUUUUCAGAAGAGCCAUUGCCUGUUUCUUAUGACAGAGAGAAAGUGAUUAGUCCAUGAUCAUCCCACUGGCCUUUUGCCUAUGUGAGAUUAGAACAGUUCUCCCAGUUUCCAGCCUAAUGCCUUAAUCACUAUACCACACCGGCUUUCAUAUAUUACUUACACUUUAUUUUUCUUUUGUGCAAGAGAAUCACUGUGACAGAAAAAUAAAGCCAUGACAGAUUUCAGUCAACUGUUACCAAUUUUAUGUGUUUGCUUCAUAGAAUUAAUUAAAGAUAGCUUCAUAGAAUUAAUUUUGCAUAACUUUCUAAACACAUUUUACAUGACAUAUUGAACUGCAAACUAAACACAGUUUAGUUUAACAUAAAUGUAUCAGAUAAACCAAACUUGUGUGGUCAAUUCAUUAUUCACCAUGCAACACAGUGGGGAAAGAAAGGAAGAAACAAAGUACAAGACCAGUAACAUGACACACCCUGCCAUACAUCAAAGCAUUUCAGAAGCUGUAGAACACAGCUUCCGAGAUCUGCAAGUGGGCAUUGCACACUGCCCAGAGGCUACCAUAGGAAGACAAAUUAUGCAUUGCAAAGAUCUCCCUGAGGUGAGAUAUAUUUCCAAUGUAAUCUACCAAAUCCCCUGCAUGGAUUGCUCCUGUGACUAUAUAGGUCAGACAGGGAGGAAGCUAAUCACCAGUUUGCAAGAACCAAAGCUAGCGGUCAGAUGAGGAGACCAGAACUCAUUGAUAGCCUCACACUGCAAUGAACAAGGACACACAUUUACUUUUGCAGCUACUAAGAUUGUUGGAAGAGCAGACACAAAAACAACCAGGGAAGUGAUUGAAGCCUGGGAAACAAGUCCCUCGUCAUUCAACCAGAAUACUGAUUUACUAGUACUAUCAAGUACUUAGAAGGCAGAAAAUGACAGCUAAUGACUUAAAAACCAGCCAUCAACACACCCCAAUCAACAUCUAAAAAGCCACUUACAACAGGCACUAUAAAUACCAUAGAGCACACACCCUGCUAGAGAGAAGUGUCCUGAAGAUGGGCUUCAAUACAAGUCCAAAAGCUUGGAAGACAAAAUCUCUGGUACCGGUGACUGACCCAGAUUGUAUCCUGCAACAUUAUCCUGGGACGAAUAUAUUCGCCUUCAUUCGUCAACUCAUUAUCUUUAGUUAUUUAUAAUAAGUGGUUUUUUUUUAUAAAAAAAAAAAAGGUGCCAGAACUCAUACACGUCAUAUAACCCGCCUUGCCUACCCUACAGGGUUCCAUCCAAAAAAGGUGCCGGAACUCCGUUCUGGGCGUUCUAUGACAAAAUCACCUCUAGGAUAAUAAUUUUCCCAGAAUGGCUUAAUGUAAACUAUUUGACUAAACCAUGACUAUAAUUAAUCAAUAUAAACAAUUGUAAAUCAAAUAUUAAAAAAAAUAAUGUAUAAAGACCUCAAGCAUCUGUCAGCCAGGGCAGAAGUGACAAUGCCUGUUUGAGAACGGAUACAGUUCCUCGCCUUCUUUCCUUUAAUCAGAAAACCAUCUCCCCCUCCCCCGCCAAGAUCAGUUUAUGAAUCAGGGUGUUACGGAGAGCCAGAACCCCGGAUAGCAAAGUUAGCCAUCAGCAAGCAAACCUAUUGGCCGAACAUGGCUCUUUUCACUAGAAAGCCUCUGUCCCAAACCUCAGCGCCGGCCCCAUCUUGGGCGGAAAACCUCUUAUCUCAACCGUAAGAGGGACUGGGGGGGGGGGAAUAUUAUGGGCAGGACAGUCACUAUUUCAGCCUCAGAAUUUACUAUUAUUUUCGUUCUCAGCGUGGAAAUGGAAUGUUCCGGUCCUUCAAAUUAGCAAUGACAUGGAACAGCAUGUGCAGCUUGAAGGAAGGUUGAAACUGUCCCUUUUCAUUGUUUUUAUUAUUCGUAAAAUGUAACUUGAUAUGUAAUUGGGAUAAGCGUCCGUCAGAAACAAAUUUCUCGGUAAGUAAUUUAACGCUGGAAAGACGAGCCAAGGAGAUGCCUCCUUCCGCUGCAGCAGAACGAAAGCAGCUAAUCCGGAAUCCACAGUCCUGUCGAUCGCUUCCAUCUCGCGCGGCCCCGACCACAGCGACCAAGAGCUAGAAGCGGCUUAGCCGAGGACGCGCGAGCCCAGGAAGAGCGGCAGAGCAAUGCAGGCGCGCCUUCCUCCUCCCCUUCCAACAGCCGACGUCGCCACCGAGCUCCUUCGCCUCUUUAGAAAGAUCCCCGCAGUGCCCGCCCUUUCCCCGCGGGGGGCGCGCCCUGCUCGCAUCGCGCAUGCACGUUCCCGCCUCCGGCGCGCCUCGCGCGUGCGCGCGCAGGACUGAAUGCUCGUGCAGGAAGCGGCGGUAACGGCUGGAGACGCGCGCCAUUCCCCCUAUAUCCCCCCCAUCCCCAAAUCCUUGCUCGGACCAAGCACUCCCGCCACCGUAACCCAACCUCCCCCGCUUCCCGGAGUCUCUGCGUGAAGCGCAGCCCGGCAGUUUGCCACUUCCAUUAAAUGAAUCACUACAGAAUCACUAAAAGAUGGUGUUAAAUUUAGAGAAGCCACAAGAAAUCUGGAGAGGAGACUCCAUUCAGAAAACAAUCAUGUGGACCAUAACCAGCAACAAAAGUUGCGAAUCUUUCAAGUUUCCUUUCUUGCUACACCUUUGUCCUUUUCCUGGGUGCAGGGAGCCCAGGAUAAGAAUCUGCUUUCAAAACAUUGCUCAGAUACUAAGGAAAGAUUUUUCCUUGUUCAUGGAGUUUUUCAUCAGUAUGUCUGAAACCAUUAAAUAUAAUGACGACGAUCACAAAACUGUGUUUCUGAAAACAUUAAAUGAGCAACGAUUGGAAGGAGAAUUUUGUGACAUAGCUAUUGUUGUAGAAGAUGUAAAAUUCAGGGCACACAGGUGUGUUCUAGCUGCUUGUAGUACCUAUUUUAAAAAACUUUUCAAAAAACUGGAAGUUGACAGCUCAUCUGUAAUUGAAAUAGAUUUCCUUCGAUCUGAUAUAUUUGAGGAAGUGCUCAAUUAUAUGUACACAGCCAAGAUUUCGGUUAAGAAAGAAGAUGUCAAUUUAAUGAUGUCAUCUGGUCAGAUUCUUGGUAUUAGAUUUUUGGAUAAACUUUGUUCUCAAAAACGGGAUGUAUCGAGCCCAGAAGACAAUUCACAAUCAAAGAAUAAGUAUUGUCUUAAAAUAAAUAGACCAAUUGGGGAGUCUAAUGAUAACCAAGACGAUGAGGUUGAAGAAAUUGGUGAUCAUGAUGAUAGUCCAUCAGAUAUGACAAUGGAAGGAACUCCUCCUAGUCAAGAAGAUGGUAAAUCGCCAACUGCUACCUUAAGAGUUCAGGAAGCAAUUCUGAAGGAGCUAGGGAGUGAAGAGGUUCGAAAAGUGAACUGCUAUGGUCAAGAAGUAGAGUCUAUAGAGUCUGCUGAAACUAAAGAAUUAGGAUCACAGACUCCUCAGGCUCUAGCAUUUAAUGAUGGCAUAAGUGAAGUAAAGGAUGAACAGACACCAGCAUGGACAACAGCAGCUGGAGACAUGAAAUUUGAGUAUUUGCUUUAUGGUCACAGGGAACAAAUUGCAUGUCCAGCAUGUGGCAAAACAUUUUCUGAUGAAGCACGAUUGAGAAAACAUGAAAAGCUCCAUACAGCGGAUAGGCCCUUUGUUUGUGAAAUGUGCACUAAAGGCUUCACAACUCAAGCCCACUUGAAAGAGCAUCUAAAGAUCCACACAGGCUACAAGCCAUAUAGCUGUGAAGUAUGUGGAAAGUCUUUUAUUCGUGCACCAGACCUAAAAAAGCACGAGAGGGUUCACAGUAAUGAAAGACCAUUUGCGUGUCACAUGUGUGACAAAGCUUUUAAACAUAAGUCCCACCUGAAAGAUCAUGAAAGAAGACAUAGAGGGGAGAAACCUUUUGUCUGCAGCUCUUGUACUAAAGCAUUUGCCAAAGCAUCUGAUUUAAAGAGACAUGAGAACAAUAUGCACAGUGAAAGGAAGCAAGUAACCACAGCCAGUGCCCUCCAAAGUGAAACUGAACAAUUACAGGCAGCUGCCAUGGCUGCUGAGGCAGAACAGCAACUUGAAACUAUAGCUUGUAGCUAAAAACAGGAGGGGCCAUAUGCUGGAAAAUGUUUGGAUCUAAAAACUCACUACCGAGCAAAGUAUUUUAGUGUGAUUUAGAAAGUAGAAAUAUAGUUGCAGUAUGCAGGAAAAAACUUUCAUAUCAAGCAUGGAUAAGACCUUAAUCAAGGCAUCCGUCCAGUUGGAUAUAAUUUUUUUAGAAGUCAGACUCUAGCUGUGUUUUAUUCCUCUCUUUAAAGUACUGGGUUUCAAUGCAUGCCUUGUCCCAUUGGAAUAAACUCUGCAUGUGGAAUGGAAGAUGUUACACUCCGAUGCUCAGUGAAAUUAAGACUAAGUAUUUGGACUUAAGCUACUUUUGUUUCAUUGAAUCCAGUUGCUUGGCACUUAAUGUUUUUUAUGAUUUAGGAAGAUCCUAAAUUAGAAAUUGUCAGCAAUGGUAGGAAAUUAUAGGAUGAGUUGCCAAGUCAAAAAUAACUACCUGUUUGAGAUUCAUUGCUAUGUAGCUAAGCCUCAUGAAUUUCAGUAGAAAGUAGUACCAUCUGAGUAAAGCAAGAUUAGAUUAAUUCAAAAUCUGUUAAUUUUUUGGCCUACAAAUUGUGCUGUUAGCAAACAGUUUAAUAAACUAUGUCUGCUAUAACAGGGUUUUUUAAAAAAAAAAUAUGGGAAAUUAUGAGUUGGACUGGGUGCAAGAAUUAAUUUGAGGGGGUGAAUGUAUUAAUUUCCAGUGUUCUAAUCAAAAGUAAUGAAAAUGUGAUUAGGUUUCAUAUUGUAUUUAUUAGUUUGCAAUUGUGUAGCUCCAGUUUAAUCUAUUGUCAUUGUUAAUACAAGGUGUAUGAGCAGUAGAAGCUGUCGUGCUCCCCCCCUCCCCCCUAAACUGGGUGGCAGUGGAGCUGCAUUGAGCUCCUCAUCAACAGAUUAUGAUUUCAGAUUUCAGAAGCAAAAUGGCCAACUUUAAGUAGGGUGAUUUUUUUCCUCUUCCCCUCUACCAUAGAAAUUGAAAUACGAGAUCUCGGGCCUGACAUUAAACCAUGAAAUUUAGGCCAUUUUGUUAUUUCAAAUUGUAUUUUUAAAAACCACAACAUCUAAUAAAUUGAUCAUGCCUCUUCCAUUGUCAUUCUGCCAUCUGGUAGCCUCUUGAAACUCUCCUUAUGAAGGAGAUGAUUCUUAAACCUCUGCCCAUCUCUAAUUAGAUAAUGACUAAAAAAACAUCCUGGGGUUUCUCUGUCUUUUCUGAUCACUGUACUUUGCAGUCUUAUUAACACAUAAUUUACACUAAACUUUAUACUUACGGAACUUGCUCAUUGCAAGCAUACACAGCAUUCUAUAUAAUAUAAUGCCUUUUUUAUUUGAAGGCAUGGAACAAAGUGUGUUUUCAUUAUGAACCAUGGACAAAAGUUUUCAGGAAUGCAUGAUCCACUGGGAGAUCUUGGCUAAAUUAGACAUAAAGAUUUCCUCUAAGAUUCAUAAACUGCAACCAAAAGCAUUCUGACUCUCUUCCUUGUCAGCAUUUGGGUUUAGCAAAUCUAUUGAUACGCACCUAUCUAAUACUGGCUUUUUGCUUUCUCUGCUCUGACAAAGAAAAGAUUGUUGAAUUGUCUGCAAAUUCCUUUAAUAAUACUUUUUUUAUUAUUCAUUCCAUAUCAUAAGAAAUAAAAAGGACAAUUGGGAGAAAUGUAGAAUUCAAGUGCAAAUCCUCGCUUAAUGAGAUUAUAUCCCAGGAUUUGGGGGUAUUUAGCAAGAAUUAAAAUUGUCACUAUCGAGGCAGCAUAAUUAUCAAGGGUUCAUAUUCUAGUGUAGAUAGCAGAAUGGAGUUCAGGCAGUUAAGUGUAAUGAAGGAAAGAUAAAGAGAAGCUAACAUGAUUUUGAAAAUGAUUGAAAGUAAAUUCAUUUCAUUCGUUUCCAAUUAACUAGAGUAAAUUGUUAAGACUUAUUUUUGCUGCUCCUGAACACUUGAUAACAAUUAAUUAUAGUGCUGCUGAUAGUUCAGAAAGUCAAAAAAGUUGAAAUUAGGUUUGAAUUAUUUCCAGGAGAAAUCAGAUUCAAAGAUUCCAGCUUUGAUUGCAUGACAUCUCUUUCAGUAUGGAGGGGAAUUCCUGAGCCCCAAAUAUAACUUUAAAUAGCAUAGUGACAAAUGUUGUCAUCUCAGGCCUUUGGUGACUUUUCUGUGAAACUUUGAAAAAUUGGAAUAAUAGAUUAUGGUUUGGAAAAAAACAACACAGAAUAAAAUAGUUGCCACACUUGAGUGGAAGAAUUUAGAAUUAGACAAUUGAAUGUACUUUUUUCCUACUGUAUUUGUUGCUCAAAAGCUUUGUAUCCCAUUAGUGAACAUAGCUCAGUCCUGCAUGUGUUUACUCAGAUGUCCCACAGAAUAAUUACUCCCAACAUAAUGUUACAGAAUUGUAGCCUAAGAUGAUUCAAAUAAUUGUGUGGUUUUGGGAUUUAUAUUUUAAUUCAAAAGUAUCUUAUUUGAAAGUAAGUCCUACUGACCUAAACUAUGCUGCUUACUAAUAAGUAUGCUUGAGCUUGCAACUUAAUGCCUGUGGUUUAUAAGCAAUUAUCCUGCUUAUCUUCACAAAAUUACAGCCAGCUUUAGGGGACAGGAUUCAUAUUUGUUUUUGAUUAUCUUUCAGAGAAUGAAGUUAUCUCUUGAAGUAUUUAUCCAAGGAAUUAAUAAAAGAUGAUGGGAUAUUUUCCAUAGAAGAAAAUGGUUACUGUAGCUGUGAAGUUCAAUUUUUUACUUAGCCUACCAAUUUCAAAUUAAUUUACUAGUCUAAUUUAAAAUAAAAGUAAUUUUAUUAUUUCAGUUACAGGUUUCAUUUGUAACAAAUUAGAAUGAGUUUUCUAUGAAGCAAGAGGACAUACGAUAAGUUAAAAAUCUUGAAAAACAUUUCUCCACAUAUUUAUACGUAAUUGUUUUACGUGUAUUAAUACAACUCAUUUUAAAUGAAGUUAAACACAGAUAUGUUUUGACAGGAGUCAGAUAAGUAUUUAUAAAUUAAUAUGAGUCAAACAUCUCUUACAUUUCUAUAUAAAGCUAACAUUUUAAACAAUAAUGUUGCAUAUAGCUAUGGUCUUUGUUACAAUGUCAUUGUGAAAUAUUCAUUGAAUAGGCAACUUAAAGUUAUAUUUAAAAUGCCAAAAUUUGAAACAUAUCUUGUAAAUAAAACUUGAAUAUUUUAGAAUAUA